CAAAUUAUAUACAGUUACGCUUGCCGCCCGUUGUGGUAAGACUUUCGCUUUGAUUUAAACCUUGGCGCCAAAGCGCCAUUCAUUCCUAUCUCCGCCCUCAUUCGUGGUUCGUCAAUUUUAAGUUCUGCUCAUGCUCAAGCUCAUUCUUUAAUAGGCGUGUUCGAUUCACCUGAUUGUACUAAUUUAAGUAACUAAAAGUGAUCCUACAGCGUUCGUGUCUGUUUCAAUCAGUUCACCCCCACCACUGAAACAACUGAUUGGAUCACUUCAAAGUGAUUGUAGAAAAAUUUGCAUUCAGUUAAUUCAGUAGGAUCGCUUUGUUUAUUUUAACCUAUAAAGAUGGAUACUGUCAAAGCAAAAGUGAACAAUGUUCCAAUUACUUUGUGUAUACCCGCAGCUUUGAAUGAGUUAUGUUUUGAUGUAACAAGUAAGUUGGUGUAUGAUAGAGGUACUUCAAGAAGUUAUAAUUUUGAAUUCCAGAUAAUGAUGACAUUGCUAUUCAACAAUUACACACCCUACAUAAUUGUGGUGAAUUGGUAAAUAUUCCGACAAGUGAAGCCAUAAGGUCUAUUAGCCGCGUAUAUGAAAAUAAUGAAGAGUCGGAGAUAUUCAAUAUUGAUGCUCAAACGUAAAUGGACGAGUCGCAAAUGGAUGAGACCCAAGUCGUCGUCGAGUCUCAAACCGACGUCGAGCCCCAAGCAGGAGUUGCCACACCUGACAAUGAAACCCAAGUACAGGCAGACCGUGCAUUUUGGAGUAAUAAUGAGAUUUUGGCCUUAAUGCAUGCAUAUGACAACCUAAAAGAAAAUUUCGACCAUCCAAAAAAACGCAAACAUGUUUGGGAUGAUGUUAGUAAUUUAUUAUUAAGUCAGGGCAUUCAUCGCACUCCAAAAUCAUGCGAAAUUAAGUGGAGAAAUUUGGUCCGUACUUACAAAACAGUAAGGGACAAUGUUACAAAAUCGGGAAGAGGUGCCACUCGAUUUCAAUAUUAUGAAGCCAUGAAUGAUAUUCUUGGCAACAAACCAUCAAUGUCAUGUGCACAUACCAUUUCUGUAGGUGCAGAAAUGGAGCGGCCUGAGAAUCUUGGCAAUGUCACAGCAACAACCCCUGAACCAACGCCAAGUACAAGUCGUGCAACUGAAACGGAAACACCGAAAAAAAAACCAAGAUCCUCUAUUUAUGCGGAAUAUUUAAAGAAAAAGAAUUCAUUGCAAGAAGAAAAAUUCAAUAUGUGGAGACAAGAAAUUGCAGCAAGAAGAAAUGAUAGGGAACGCAAGCGGGAGUUGGAAGAAAGAAAAGUUGUUGCAUUUGAGAAGUAUGUCGAAUACUUAAGAAAGCAAUAACUACUUACUAUCUUAUUACCUAUGUUGCCAAUGUUGUUAUUUUUUUUUAAUAUCUUUGUCUUAAUAGCAGUGAUUUGUAUUAUACCUUUUUAUUUGUAGAAAUAUAUUGAACAUUUUAUAGAAAAUUGUAUAUAAUUAUGUUUGUAACGAACGAGAUCUAAGGUGUAACUGAAGUUGUACUUGAAAAAUUUUUGUUCUUGUCUUUUACUGUAGUCAUUAUUUUAAAUAAAUUUGUUCACAUAAA